CUAUCAGGGUUAGCAUCCGCCGCUUGCCUGUCACAACACGGCGUCUCUCCCUUAAUCCUCGAGAAAUCCGACAACAUCUCCUCUCUCCUGGCAGUACAAAAGUUACGAACGGCUCAAUCUCCACCUCCCCUGGGUUCCCUAAAAACUUCCUCAAGUACCCAACCAAGCACCGAAUUCGUCUCCUACCUCGAAUCCUACGCCGCCCUCUUCAACAUCCGCCCCGCCUUCAACAAUUCCGUCUCCUCCGCCGAAUUCGACCCCGCGAAGGCCCUCUGGAGGGUCCACACCGAAGAAUUCGUCUAUAUUUCACGGUGGCUGAUCGUCGCCACGGGCGAAAAUGCCGAGCCUUUCGUCCUAAGAAUUCUCUGUUUGGGCGAAUUCAAAAACAGGGUGGUCCACACCAGCGAUUACAAGUCCGCGAAGGAGUUCGCCAGCCAGAACGCUCUGGUCGUCGGAUGUGGGAAUUCCGGCAUGGAAGUUAGCCUCGACCUCUGCCAGAACAAUGUCGUUCCUUAUAUGGUGAUGGUUGACCGGCUGUUGGUUUCGGCAGCGAGUUUGAUCCUGGGGAGCACCGAUGAAUUGGGCCUCCAACGGCCCAAGACUGGCCCGCUUGAGCUCAAGAAUGUGACAGGAAAAACCCAGGUGCUGGAUGUGGUGGGGGGGGCCUCCCAAAUUCGGUCCGACAAGAUUAAGGGUAGCAAUACUUUUACGAGGGACGGGAUGCCGAAGACGGAGUUCCUCAACAGGUGGAAAGGGGAGGAGAAUAGAUUGUAUACGGUGGGGUUCACUAGAAGAGGGUUGCAAGGAACUUCAUCGGACGCCGUUAAAAUCGCUGCUGACGUAGCCUCGCAAUGGAGGAGGAUUGAUUAG